AUAUCCAUCCUCUUCUUUCAUUGUAUUCACCACUCCCAAUUAAUAUUCCUUUCAUGCAUUUCCAUUCCCUCUCCCUCCUCUCUCUUUAGAUACAUACAAAUCUGCAAUAUAGAGAGAGAUGGGAAGUGAUAAUUGUGGUGACCAUCUUCACAAGUUUCACCCCUCUCACCAACUCUUUCUCAACAGGAAAUACCUUAGAGAACCCGAAAUCCCGCCCAGGAAGCUCCUCAGCCGCCGCCCUUCCGGCGAGCCGGAAAUGCCGCCGCCGCCGCACAUGGAAUCUCCGACCAAGAUGGAGGACACCCAGUUUCAGAAAUUCUUGCCGUACAACAACAGCGAUGAUGACGAUGAUGAUCCCUACUCGUCCGACAAUUUCCGCAUGUUUGAGUUUAAGGUGCGGCGGUGUACUCGGAGCCGGAGCCAUGAUUGGACGGACUGCCCGUUCGCCCACCCGGGCGAGAAGGCCCGCCGGAGGGAUCCGCGGAAGUACCAUUAUUCCGGGUCGGUCUGCGCGGAGUUCCGGAAGGGGAGCUGUGUCCGUGGCGAUAACUGUGAGUUCGCCCACGGAGUUUUCGAGUGCUGGCUCCACCCGACCCGGUACCGGACCGAGGCAUGCAAAGACGGCAAGAAUUGCAAGCGGAAAGUUUGUUUCUUCGCCCACACGCCCCGCCAGCUCCGCGUCUUGCCGCCCGACUGCCACGACAGUAAUAAUAAUUCUCCGAUGAACUCGCCCAACAUGAACCACUGCUGCGCGUGCUGUCACUCGCCCAACUCCACUCUCAUGGCCAUUUCCCACAUGUCCCCGCCCGUGUCCCCGGCAACGGCAAAAUCCCCUUUUUCAAGAUUCGGCGGCCCCGAAAAUUGCGGGAUAAUGGAUCAAUUCGAACAAAACCCCAAUUCCAUGGCCGACCUGGUGAGCUCUCUUGAAUCCAUGAACCUUAAUGUAACUAACGCCGCCUAUUCUCAUCACAUGAAAAUCCCCGCCAUGGUUGAUCUCAACUUCAACGUUAACAACCUCUCCGCCGACCCGCCGACCCCCACCCCAAGCAAGCUCCUCACCGCCGGCGGCACCGCCGCCACCACGAAAUACUACAACGACAGUGGGCUGCCGGGAAUUGAUCUAGGAUGGGUCAACGAUCUGCUGACCUAGCUAAUAAUAAAAAAAUAAAAAAAAAAAAACAAACAAAAUUGAGGCGGACCACUGAUCUGCAAAAUUUAGGUGGUCCAGCUAAUGCGGAUGAAAAGUUGGUUGGACGUACAGGAUAAGGGAGAAGAUGAUUGCUGUAUAUAGAGAAGCAGCUACACCGAAGAAGGCCAUGGACGGUUCAUCUCCUAUCUAUAUUUGUAUACAUCUAUCAUCAGAACCUCUGAUCUGUGGGGCGAUGACUAUGAUGGUGAUGGUGAUGAUGAUUUUAGAUUUAAUCAAUUAAUUAAUUAUGUCAUUGUUUUCCUAAUUUAAUGUCGGAUUAGGGUAUUGUCCAUUAUAAGAUUGGAUCAAACGUAGUUUUUGGUCCUAGCUGGGUUGUUGUGUUUUUUUAUGUGCUUCAUUUUCUCUGUAAUUUGUUCAUCUCCAAUGUCAUCCAUUUCCGUGA